GAGAGGCCAACAGACAGAAGGAGACAGACAGAAAGAGAAACAGAGACAGAGAGACAAUUCAGUUAGAAAUAGAGAGACAGAGAUAGAGAGUGGGAAGCAGACUAACUCACGGAGUCAGAAGUGUAAAAAGGGAGAGAGACAGAAAGCCAGGGCAAGAGGAAUAAACAGAAAAUUAGACACCAAAGAGAUACAGGAAGCAAAGCAGACUGAGGAGAGACCAAGAAAGAGGAGAGAGAAGCCAGGGCAGAGCGUGCCAGCGGGCGGCAUGGAGGGGCACCUGGCAUGGGAGAUAUAGUGGCCGCGACCCGGGCCAAGCUGGGUGGGCAGAGAGAAGCCGGUGCCUCGGCGGAGGUCAGGGGGCAUGGAAGGGGCAGCAAUUCUGCUGCUGCUGCUGCUGGCUGGGCCGGGCGUGGGGGGGACCUGGAGACCCCCAAAGGGAAAGUGUCCUCUGAGUUGCUCCUGCUCUAAAGACAGUGCCCUGUGUGAGGGCUCCCCGGACCUGCCCGAGAGCUUCUCCCCGACCCUGCUGUCGCUCUCACUCGUUAGGACUGGAGUCGCCCAGCUGAAGGCCGGCAGCUUCCUGAGGGUACCGUCACUGCACCUGCUCCUCUUCGCAUCCAACUCCUUCUCCGUGAUCGAGGACGAUGCGUUUGCGGGCCUGUCCCACCUGCAGUACCUCUUUAUCGAAGACAAUGAGAUUGGCUCCAUCUCUAAGAAUGCUCUCAGAGGACUCCGCUCACUCACACACCUAAGCCUGGCCAAUAACCAUCUCGAGACCCUCCCCAGAUUCCUGUUCCGAGGCCUGGAGACCCUGACUCACGUGGACCUCCGCGGGAACCCGUUCCAGUGUGACUGCCGUGUCCUCUGGCUGCUGCAGUGGAUACCCACCGUGAACGCCAGCGUGGGAAGUGGGGCCUGUGCCGGCCCCGCCGCCCUGGCCCACAUGCAGCUCCACCACCUCGACCCCAAGACGUUCAAGUGCAGAGCCAUAGAGCUGUCCUGGUUCCAGACGGUCGGCGAGUCAGCGCUGGGCGUAGAGGCUUUCUCCUACCAAGGGGAGCCCCACGUCGUCCUGGCACAGCCCUUUGCCGGCCGCUGCCUGAUCCUGACCUGGGACUACAGCCUGCAGCGCUUCCGGCAGGAGGAAGAGCUGUCUGCGCCCUCGGUGGUGUCCUGCAAGCCGCUGGUGCUGGGCCCGCGCCUCUUUGUGCUGGCCGCCCGCCUGUGGGGAGGCUCGCAGCUGUGGGCCCGGCCCGGCCCCGACCUGCGCCUGGCCCCGCUGCAGGCCCUGGCUCCACGGCGGCUGCUGCGGCCCAAUGAUGCCGAGCUCCUGUGGCUGGACGGGCAGCCCUGCUUCGUGGUGGCCGACGCCUCCAAGGCGGGCAGCACCACGCUGCUGUGCCGGGACGGGCCUGGCUUCUACCCACGCCAGAGCCUGCACGCCUGGCACCGGGACACGGAUGCCGAGGCCCUCGAGCUGGACGGCCGGCCCCAUCUGCUGCUAGCCUCCGCCUCGCAGCGGCCCGUGCUCUUCCACUGGUUUGGGGGCCGCUUCGAGAGGCGCACGGACAUCCCCGAGGCCGAGGACGUCUAUGCCACACGCCACUUCCAGGCCAGCGGAGAUGUGUUCCUGUGCCUGACACGCUACAUCGGGGACUCCAUGGUCAUGCGCUGGGAUGGUUCCAUGUUUCGCCUGCUGCAGCAGCUUCCCUCUCGCGGUGCCCACGUCUUCCAGCCACUGCUCAUCGCCAGGGACCAGCUGGCUAUCCUGGGCAGCGACUUCGCCUUCAGCCAGGUCUUCCGCCUUGAGCCUGACAGGGGGCUCCUGGAGCCACUGCAGGAGCUGGGGCCGCCAGCCUUGGUGGCCCCCCGGGCCUUUGCCCACAUCACCAUGGUCGGCAGACGCUUCCUCUUCGCUGCUUGCUUCAAGGGCCCCACACAGAUCUACCAGCAUCACGAGUUAGACCUCAGUGCCUGAGACUGGCAGGGACCCUAGACAUGGCUGGCAGAGGGCUGGCAUGGGGAGUCCUGGGCCUCUGGAUGCCCCAUUGCCUAGACUCCUGGCCCUACUCAGAGGUGACUGCUGGUCCUGUGAGAUACUGACCACAGGCCAAGUUCAAGGCAAGAGCUGCUUGUCCAGUCUUAAGCAACAUCUUGUCUGGGGGCAGAUGACCCCUCCCCCUCCAAGGAUGACUUGGGGGCUCAGGCUGGGGCACCGCCACACGCAGACAGUACAGAAAUCAUGGGGGGCGGGGGGUAAUGUGCAGAGCUCCAUGAGGUCUGGAAGCGCCCCCCUCAACCCACUCUCACCCCUCCUAUUCCCUGUAAAAGUACUACGGAGAGGAUAGCUUUCCUUUUCCUUCUAAACUCAAUCCAGCCAAUCGCUUUGAGUGCCCGCCUCCAUGACGUCAUCAGUAGCUGGGCAGUUUUCCCUGCCGGGCUUGCUAACUUCCUCUGCUGCUUGUGCGCAUGCCUGCUGCCGAGGCGGAAGCCCAGCGUGUCUUCUCUGUUGCGCGUGCGCAGGGAAUAGGCGGGAAAUUGAGAAUUGUUGCCGGGAGUCCGAGGUACCCGUCCUCGGUCGGUGAAAGGGGCGAGGACAGAAAGUGUACGAGCUCAAUAAACGCGCUGUGCACCCGC